CUGAACCUUUUUCUGUCGCAGGUUCUGAGGCUCCAUUAUGCAAACUGCAAGGCGUACAACGCAGAUUUUGAUGGAGACGAAAUGAACGCUCACUUUCCUCAGAGUGAGCUGGGCCGAGCAGAGGCCUACACGUUAGUCAGCACAAACCAGCAGUACCUGGUUCCGAAGGACGGUAAACCUCUAGCGGGUCUGAUCCAGGACCACAUGGUUUCAGGAACCAGGAUGACGAUCCGAGGCUGUUUCUUCACCAGAGAUCAGUACACCGAGUUGGUGUUCCGAGGUCUGACGGACAAACGAGGCAGAGUGAAGCUGCUGCCUCCAGCCAUCCUCAAACCGGAGCAUCUGUGGACCGGAAAACAGGUCGUGUCCACUCUUCUGCUGAAUGUAAUCCCUGAGAAGGCGGUGCCUCUGAACUUAAAUGGGAAGUCUAAAAUCCCCAGUAAGGCGUGGAUCAAACUCCCGCCGCGCGCUGCUCCGGGAUACCAACCGGAGAGCAUGUGUGACUCACAG